UUCUGCCGCAGUUCGCAGUUGGCGCAGAGCUGGGCCGGGAGGGCUAGUGGGUAGCGCGGCAGGGACACCGCGAGGCUCCGAUCGCCGCGCUUGGAGGGCAGUUCCGCGUCCUCUGUCCCUCCGGGCGCCACGAUGGACUCCGAGGGCUUUGGUUGGCGCAAGCCGUGGGAGGAUUACCGCGGUGGCGGCGGUGGGGCGGCGCGCUCCGUCCGAGUCAGCUUCUGCUCGCCGGUGCCGCGGCGCUCGGCUCGCCUCUCGGCCUCCGCGCUCGGCCCCUUGACUGACCCCCUGGAGCGCCUGGACCUGGCGCAGGUGAGCAACCUGAACGCGGAGCUGCUGGGGCUGCGCGCCCAGGAGAAGGAGCAGCUGGUGGACCUCAACGACCGCUUCGCCACCUACAUCGAGCGGGUGCGGGACCUGGAGCACCGGAACCGGGCGCUGCUGCUGGAGCUGGAGGCGCUGCGGCGGCAGCAGCGGACCCCGGCGCGGCUGCCGCAGCUCUACCAGCAAGAAGCGCGCGCCCUGCGGGCCCUGCUGGACGCCGAGGCCGGCGACAAGGCGCGCCUGGAGGCAGAGCGCGACCGCCUGCGCCUCACCUGCGGCCAGCUCCGCGAGCGCUGCGCCCAGGAGGCGCGCCGGCGCCUGGACGCCGAGGAGACGCUGAGCCGCGUGCGCGAAGAGGCCGCCCGGGCCGCGCUGGCCACCUGCGACGCCGACGGGGCGGCCGGCUCCCUGCGAGCCGAGCUGGCCUUCCUGCAAAAGCUCCUGGAGGAGGAGCGGGCCGAGCUGGUGGCCCAAGCCGAGCUGGCCGCGGCCACCCGGGUGGCGGUGGAGGGCGCCCCGGGGGCGGCGGGGGCGGCUGCUCGGCCCGACAUCUCCGCCGCGCUGCGGGACAUCCGCUCCCAGUACGAGAGCCUGGCGGCGAAGAACAUGCAGGCGGCGGAGGAGUGGUACCGCUCCAAGUUCGCCUCCGUGGCCGAGCUGGCCAGCCGCAACCAGGAGGCCGUGCGCAGCAUCCGCCAGGAGACCGUCGAGUACCGGCGACUGCUGCAGACCCGCUCGGCGGAGAUCGAGACCUUGCGCGGCGCCAUCGACUCCCUCCACAAGCAGCUGGAGAGCCUGGAGGGCCAGCAGGGAGCCGAGGUGGCCCGCUGCCAGGAGAGAGUGGCAGAACUGGAGCAGGAGAUCUCGGAAGCCAAGGAGGAAAUGGCUCGCUACAUGCGUGAAUACCAGGAGCUGCUGAACGUCAAGAUGGCCCUGGACAUAGAGAUCGCUGCCUACAGGAAACUGCUGGAAGGGGAGGAGAUGUGGUGGACCUCUUCUUCCUCCUUGCCACCCCUGAUGAAGUGACAGAUGGUUCUGUCGGGAGUGAAGGAACCUCCUCUGAUGACCACCCUCCUUCUCGUCCUCGCCCCUUGAACCUCCCUGCCUCCCCAUCAAGUUGCUUGCGCCCUCAUUGGCUGGGCUGGUGCCCAGCUGGCCUUGGAACUGGGUGUCCCCCAUGGCUCUAGGGAGGGUGGAGGAGCCAGUUUCCCAGGCCAGCCUCACCCCCUGCUCAUCCGGCUCUGCUCUUUUCAUCCGCCAUGAGAUGCCACUGUGUGUGUGUGACACCCUCCUGGCUCCAGAGGCAGCCCCUUCCCCUGCAGUGAGGCUGCCUCCCCCCCCCCACUUUUAAACCCCUCACCGCCCUCCCCUUUGGAGGAAAACAAGCAGGGAACAAGCAGCCUUGCACCUGAAAUUGGGUGCACGGCAGAGGGGUCUUAUGUUUUGUACUACUUAAUUAAUGUGUUUUCAGCAAGGUCUGGGCUAAUUGGGACGCAUAGUGGGGGGGCGGCUGUGUCAGGGUCGGGGCUGCCUCCUUGCAUUAGCGGGGCGAAGGGGUCUCUGUAAGGGGAAGGGGCUGCACUGCUGCUCCCCCUUUGAGGGCUGCAUGGCUCCCCCCCCCCAGUGCCUGUGGGUGGAGUCAGUGUGGACGCCAUGGGGACUGUGGAACAGGGCCAGUAGGGGCUGCCCAGAAUUGGGAUGGGGGGGGCUGCAGGGCUUCCAGGGAAAGAAGGGCAUUUAAUUAUUCGGAAUAUUUCAUAUGUGUGGGUUCAGAGUUGAGGGUGGAGUACUGGUCCCCCCCCCCCACCAUUAGCCAAGGGCUUAAUCCAGCCCAGCUCUUUGGUCCAAAAGGCUCUCAGAACUGGUCACAAAUCUGUAAACAAACAAAAAACCAAUACA